CCCUCUGGAUUUAGAGCAGUGUUCCCUCAAAGUGCUGGAGCCAGAAGGAAGUCCCAGCUGGAGUCUCCUGAAACUACUGGGAGAUCGGGGUUGCACUGUGGUAGAGCUUGUGGAGUUCUUGCGGGCCUUGGAGCACACAGAGGCUCUCCAGUGCCUCAGUCAUUCAGGUAUAAAGAUUGUUGUGCAGCCAGACUCUCAAGCAGUGCUCUCUGGUCAGGUCGUCAAGCUCUGUUGUUGGGCCACAGGACACCCGUUUGUGCAUUACCAGUGGUUCAAGCAGGAAAAAGAGGUUCCCUAUGGUAAUUCUCCAGAACUGGUUUUGAAUCCAGUGAAUGUAAACGAUUCUGGCUUUUACAUCUGUCGAGUGAACAGUGAAUCGUCGUUUGUGUUCAGUCGGUGGGCACGGCUUGAAGUUUGUGAUCUUGAGGGUACAUCUCAUGGGAGCUUAACUGGUUUGCCUGAAAACAAGUUGCGCAUUUGUAUUCAGCCUCAGCCACAAAACCUGAUAGUGGGGGAUGCUUUGGUACUAGAGUGUGGAGCUGUUGGAAGCCCAAUUCCUCGUUACCAGUGGUUCAGAAAUGGGUUUCCCUUGGCACAUGGGAGCAAAAAUAUCUACAUGGUGACUUACGUGGAUGUGGAACAUCAAGGGACAUAUUGGUGUCACGUAUUCAAUGACCAGGAAGAUCAAGACAGCAAGAAGAUUGAAGUUGUUAUAGCAACAGACAAGGUAGCUCUGUUAAUAGGAAAUAUGAGCUACUGGAACCACCCCCAACUCAAGGCUCCAAUGGUAGAUGUCUAUGAAUUGACCAAUUUGCUAAGACAGCUGGAUUUCAAAGUUGUUUCUUUGCUGGAUCUUACUGAGUCCGAGAUGCGAAAUGCAGUGGAUGAAUUUUUACUUCUCCUGGACAAAGGAGUAUAUGGUUUGUUAUACUACGCUGGCCAUGGCUACGAAAACUAUGGAAACAGUUUCAUGGUUCCUAUUGAUGCUCCAAAUCCCUACCGAUCUGCAAACUGCCUGUGUGUGCAGAACAUCCUCAAACUAAUGCAGGAAAAAGAGACAGGACUUAAUGUAUUCCUGCUGGAUAUGUGUCGGAAAAGAAAUGAAUACGAUGACACAAUUCUUAUCUUAGAUGCUCUGAAGGUUACGGCCAACAUUGUUUUUGGAUAUGCAACGUGCCAAGGAGCAGAAGCUUUUGAGAUUCAGCAGUCAGGGUUGGCCAAUGGAAUCUUCAUGAAGUUCUUGAAGGACCGUUUGUUAGAAGACAAGAAGAUUACUGUACUGCUUGAUGAGGUUGCAGAAGAUAUGGGCAAGUGUCACCUUACCAAAGGCAAGCAAGCCUUGGAGAUCCGCAGCAGUCUAUCUGAGAAAAGGGCGUUAACUGACCCCAUUCAACAAACCGUAUCUUCUGCGGAGUCUCUGGCACGGAACCUGCAAUGGGCCAAAGCUCACGAGCUUCCAGAAAGUAUGUAUCUUGAAUUCAAAUGUGGUGUUCAGAUUCAGUUGGGGUUUGCAGCUGAGUUUUCCAAUGUCAUGAUAAUCUACACGCGAAUAGUAAAGCAGCCACCUGAAAUAGUAGUUUGCAGAGCCUACGUUACAGACUUCGCACUCGACCUAGAUGUGGAUCCUAAAGAGGCAAAUAAAAGAACUCCUGAGGAAACCGGCAGCUAUUUAGUAUCAAAGGACCUUCCCAAACACUGCCUUUACACCAGGCUAAGUUCGCUGCAAAAGCUAAGGGAGCACUUGAUCUUCACUGUUUGCUUAUGCUAUGAGUACCCAGGAAUAGAAGAUACAAUGGAUGAAAGAAAGGAAGUUAAUGUUGGGAAGCCCCUUAUUGCUAAACUAGGCCUUCAUCAUGGAUUCAAAAAUAGUAACUGUCUCCAGACCUGUUGCAUGGCUAAUAAUCCUUUUCAUAAUCAAGUAGAAUCAAGUCUAGUGGCAAGUAAAUACUACGUCCCUAGUCACCACCAACCAGAUUCCUGCCCCAGCACUUACAAUCCAAACCGUAUGCGCUCAGAUGGCAUCAGAUCACCAGAGGCGUGUUCUUGCAAUGGGACUUCAGGGAUAUUAGCUUCAAGACAUGAAGUACAGAAUUACCCACCCCCUGUGGAAAACAGUAAUGUACCAGUAGAGACCACUGAUGAUACUGUUGAACUGGAAUUCCUUCUCUCUGACAACCUCAGAUUCUCUAAACAGCAGUAG